GUGGACGCUACAGGUCGGAGCAGAGCGACGCACGUACUAUGAAUGUUUAUUGGCCAAAGCGCUGUGUUUUUCUGCGCUGACAUUACACGUACAAGUGACAGGUUUGUGCUGGACAUGGCUGAACCUGCGGAGAAGCGGUUCAAAAGCAGCCUACCUCGGUGCGCAUCCCACCGGAGCUCCAGGGGCCGGGGUGUGCUCACUCUGCAGGCCGCUGUGGAGGAGGCUCUGUGCGGGGUCAGCAGCCUGCUUUUCCACGGUGUCUACAAGCUGCAAGCUCUGGCCAGUGCAUUUGAGCGAGAUGAUCUUGCCCUCCCUCGUGUGGCUCUGUUCUUCCAUCACAUGGCACAGACGCAGCAGGAGGAGGCCCAGGAGCUGCUGCGGUACCUGUCCCAGAGAGGAGGCACCUACUGCGGUCACGACGUACAGAGACCAGAUUGUGAGACGGUGUGCUCUGUCCUGGCUGCCCUGGAGCUCCUCGGUCUGCUGCUCAGGGAGGAGGUAGGGGUCCUGGUGGAGCUACAGGGACUGUUCCGGGACCAUGCAGACCCUCAGACCUGGUCCAUGGUCCAGACUCUCCUCCUGAACCCUCGAGUGGAACGCCUCAAACAGAUAGGAGACCUGUUGAGUAACGCACGCAGACUGGGGUGCACCACAGACACAAGGGGGCGCUUUGGGGAGUACCUUCUCAAUGAGCUACAAGAUGAGCUGAAAGAUUAGAUAAAUAUUAGUGUCUAGGGCUGCACAAUGUUGGAAUGGAAAUGGAAAAAAAAAUUGGCUUCUCUCUGAGUUAGGGGAGGCAUGAGCAGACUUUGUGUCUUCGUGUGCAAUUUUGAAGCUGUUGCGCUCCUCGUGUGUGGUGUCUUUGUGACUCUGAGCUGCUCUGUCUGAUCUUAACUACCAAACAUCAGUAAAUAAAACAAUGUCAGGGGCAGACGGAGGCACAGGAUACAAACUCAGUAAAUAGUGAAAAUAAUUAUUACUUACCUCUGAAAGUUGUAAAUUUAAACUGCAGCAUCUCAUACACGUUAUUCAUAGAAUUUGUCCUUUUUAAAUAAAUGACGCCUAGUCCACAAAACAGUGCUGUUAAUCCAGUUUGAAGCAUUCUUUAAAAGUAAAAAGUCAAGAGUAGUUCCUCAUGUGCAUCUGUGUACAUCCAUACAGUGUGCGGAUUGGGGUGAAGCUGCACAAUAGAGAUCAAGACUACUUCCUGUGUACUUUAUCACAAACCUUCUGUGCAUUAAACAUAAUGUAUCUGAAGUAUUGCACCAAAAUUCAUACAUAAUAAUAACACGGUUUUGAGAGUCUCAAAGCGAGUGGUCUUACUGUGGACAGGAAACAGAUUACGCAAGAUGUGCUCACAACUUUAGACUGCUUUAUGCAGCCAUAUGCAGUUUUUGCAGUCAGAGAUUUAAAAUAUCAUCAGAUUAUCCUCUUAUCUGCGAUGUGGGCUUUUCAUCGCACAUUCCUGUAGUGUGUAGCAGCCUUUAGACAGACUUUAUUGAUCCACACGGUAAAUUACUUGAACACAGUAGCUCACACAUCACGUUAUAUUACAAUUAAUAAUUUUAAAUGUUGUCAAAGCUUAAGACAAAUUGUUUUAUGCUUUAUGUUUUUGUAGCACCUAUCCUAUAGUAAAGGGGCAUUCAGAUAGGGUUUUUGUAUAAAGGUACACUUUUAAAACACUACAAACUCCAGGGAUCAAAGUAUCUGUACUAUAAUGAAGUAGUCAACAUGAAGUAGUCAUUCCGCUUUCAAGGUUUCACUACUGUAUUUAUGUUAGUAACAGAAAAUUAUUUUAUUAUUUUAUAUGUUAUAGUUAAAGAAACCCAUUU